AUAAAUCAAAUGUCAGGCCCUGCAGCCUUGGGAGAGGCUGUGAGGAAGGUUAUAAAUGACUCUUCUGUGCCCUCCCCCCCUCUCUGGCUGUGCUGAGUGGUUUCUCCCGAUGCUCUGUUGUAGGAGCAGCUCUCAAUCCGGUACCCAGAGCCUCAGCAUCCUCAUCCCUCCUGCAUCCUCCCAUAGAGGCGCUGCCUGGCACUCACACCCACCUGCAGAGCCUGGCAUGCCGGACACAAGGAGCUAAAAAGUCUUCUUCCCUGGGAUAUUACAUUUUGGAGAAGGAUGAGGAUACAUGAGAGCUUCAACAUUUGAAUACAUUUCCGAUACUUUGGAAUGUUCUUAGCUUUAGCAACAGGAGCUAUCCACCCUGCCAAGUGCUGAAAUAUCCUAUCAUAGGGAGGUCAAAAGUUGUGGAAGAAGAACAUUGAUAGUUACCACGUUUUAGUAACUAGGCUAGAAAGGUUUUUUAUCAUUCGCCAUGGAUGAUACAUAUAGAGAUCGGACUGCUUUUAUACGAGGGGCCAAAGACAUUGCUAAGGAGGUUAAGAGACAUGCAGCAAAGAAGGUCGGAAAAGGUGUAGAUAAGGUGCAAGACGAGUAUACCAAACGUUCUUAUGCUCGGUUCGAAGAAGACGAUGACGAUGAUUAUCAACCACAAGAUGGGUACUACCGUGGUGACCCUCUAAAUGAUGAUGAAGGGGGCUCUAGUGAUGCCACUGAAGGCCAUGAUGAGGAUGAUGAGAUAUAUGAAGGAGAGUAUCAAGGCAUCCCUAGAGCAGACUCAAUGAAAGGAGACCUCCUCAGUGAUAACCAACAGCUUGUAACAGAGUUUAAAGAAUUUGAAGAUUUAGAAGGUCAGAGGAGGAAGGACAAGGAAGAACUGGCCCAGCAGUACGAGCUGAUCCUUCAAGAAUGUGGACAUGGAAGAUUUCAAUGGACUCUGUAUUUUGUACUGGGACUUGCUCUGAUGGCUGAUGGGGUAGAAAUUUUUGUAGUCGGGUUCGUCUUGCCAAGUGCAGAGAAGGACAUGUGUUUAUCUGACUCAAACAAAGGCAUGCUGGGUCUCAUUGUGUAUCUGGGUAUGAUGGUAGGAGCAUUCAUGUGGGGAGGAUUGUCUGACCGUAUCGGAAGAAGACAGUGCUUGCUCAUCUCCUUAUCUGUCAACAGCGUGUUUGCCUUCUUUUCCUCGUUCGUUCAAGGAUAUGGGACAUUUUUGUUCUGCAGACUUCUGUCUGGUGUGGGCAUUGGUGGAUCUAUUCCUAUUGUCUUCUCAUAUUUCUCUGAAUUCCUGGCUCAGGAAAAGCGGGGAGAGCAUCUUAGCUGGCUGAGUAUGUUCUGGAUGAUUGGAGGUAUCUAUGCUUCAGCCAUGGCCUGGGCUAUAAUCCCUCAUUAUGGAUGGAGUUUCCAGAUGGGUUCAGCGUAUCAGUUUCAUAGCUGGCGGGUGUUUGUCUUGGUUUGUGCAUUCCCUUCUGUAUUUGCCAUCGGAGCUCUAAAUACCAUGCCAGAGAGUCCCCGCUUCUUCCUAGAGAACGGAAAACAUGAUGAAGCUUGGAUGGUGCUAAAGCAAGUCCACGAUACCAACAUGCGGGCUAAGGGCCAUCCAGAAAGGGUUUUCUCUGUCACUCAGAUAAAGACCAUUAAAAAAGAGGAUGAACUGAUCGAGAUCCAGUCUGAUACAGGGACAUGGUACAGACGCUGGAUGAUUCGUAUUCUUAACUUGUCUCAGCAGGUUUGGGCUAAUUUCCAUGAUUGCUUCGCCCCAGAAUACAGACGCAUCACCCUCAUGAUGAUGGCGGUUUGGUUCACAAUGUCUUUUAGCUACUAUGGGCUGACGGUUUGGUUUCCAGACAUGAUUAAACAUCUUCAGAACAUCGACUACGCCUCACGCACCAAAUAUUUCUCCAAUGAGAGAGUGAUCAGCUUCAAUUUCAACUUCACUCUUGAAAACCAAGUCCACAAAAAUGGCGAAUACCAAAACGACAAAUUCAUCGGCCUCAAGUUUAAAUCCGUUUUAUUUGAAGAUUCCUUGUUCAAAGACUGUUACUUUGAAGAUAUCACAUCCAGUAACACUUUUUUCAAGAACUGCACCUUCAUCUCCACCAUGUUCUACAACACAGACCUGUUUGACUAUAAGUUCAUCAACAGCCGGAUUGUUAACAGCACGUUCCUGCACAGCAAAGAGGGAUGCCAGCUCGACUUCAGCGAUGAUAUUAAUAAUGCUUACAUGAUCUACUUUGUGAGUUUUCUGGGGACUCUGGCUGUACUACCGGGCAAUAUUGUGUCUGCCUUGUUGAUGGACAAAAUUGGGCGUCUCCGUAUGCUGGCUGGCUCCAGUGUCAUGUCGUGUAUCAGCUGCUUCUUCUUAUUCUUUGGGAACAGUGAAUCGGCCAUGAUCGCCCUGCUCUGCCUCUUUGGUGGAGUCAGUAUUGCAUCUUGGAAUGCUCUGGAUGUCUUGACGGUGGAGCUGUAUCCCUCAGACAAAAGGACAACUGCCUUUGGAUUCCUCAAUGCCCUCUGCAAGUUGGCUGCUGUCCUGGGGAUAAGCAUUUUCACCUCCUUUGUGGGGGUUGCCAAUGCAGUGCCCAUCCUUCUAGCUUCUGCUGCGUUGGCACUGGGUAGCUUUCUAGCCCUUAAACUGCCAGAAACACGAGGCCAGGUUCUACAGUGAGAUUUGCCAUUGUAAAAAAAAAAAAAAAAAAAAAGAGUAGAUUAGUAGACACUGUGAUAUGUCUUUUUAUUUUGUUGCUAUGUUUGGGGCCCCUUUCCAUAUCCUCUGCCCAGAAAUGUGCAGUAAAACAAUAUGCAUAUGUGUAAUUGAAAAUGUAUUAAUAACUGAACAUGUUUGCACUAUUCUAAGUUUCGUCUCUUCCUCCAUGAUAAAGUAUGGGGGUUAGAAGUUCUAGACUUUGUGUAGAGCAGAGAUUUUUAGGUUCUAGAUAGCUCCAGCUAAAGACCAUACUCAUGUUGGGUUUCUGAUACCUCUAACCAUUGAAUAGACGAGUUCUUUAAAGGGAUACUCUACCCCCCCCCCCCCCCCC